AUGCAACAUGUAUUGCCAAUCUUUGUAGCACUAGUCAAAUGUGCCACAGGGUACUGUCCACAAAUGGACUUCUCGCCAUACCCAUUCACACUUGGUUACAACGUUAGAUUUAUUGUUAAAUAUAAUACGUCUGCAGCUAUUGCUCCCCCAAAAAAAUCAGUACAGGAGGCUAGUAAUUUUAGACUCCUCCAUAAUUGCUACUUUAUGGUAGUUAUGCGAAGUAUAUCAAUGCAAGUAGUAUUGGAAAUGUACUACGUAUUAUGCCAUGGACAUAUUAGUAAUAAAUUUUUUAUUUUCAAUUUUGACUGUUGGGCUAUUAUUGGUACAUAUGUUUAUUUUUGGUUGAGGCGCUACAAGUAUGAUUCCAUCCGUAGUUUGUGGUAA